UUGGUCAUUUGAGAAUAUCAUUUGGCAACAUGCUGUUCCUGCGGUUGGUCAGCGUAGCGCUAGUGGCUUUGGCUAGUCAGGCAAAUAGCGUCGAGGGAAAGAAAGAUGUGCCCGUAUUCGUAAAAACCUUAAAAGGCAUGAAUCGUGGUCCUCCCUUGAGGAUGGUUACGCGAGAAUUGACAGGGGAAGAAAAAUGGAUUACGCAACCACUGGAUCAUUUCGAUGAAACCAAUACGGAAACCUUCGAAAUGCGUUACUUUAUUAAUGACGAAUUCCAAACGGAAGGCAGUCCAAUAUUCAUAUUUUUGGGCGGCGAAUCGACGGCCUCCCGACACUUCAUAAGCAUGGGUCAUUGGUAUGACAUGGCCAAGGAGCACAAAGGGGUACUCAUCCAAACUGAGCAUCGUUACUAUGGAAGAAGUGUGCCCACUCAGACAAUGUCGUUGGAAGACUUGAAAUAUUUGCAUGUCAAGCAGGCGCUCGCUGAUGUGGCUAAUUUCAUUGAAACUUUCAAGUCGCAGAAUGAACAGCUGAGCAAAUCGAAGGUGGUACUAGCCGGUGGCUCCUACUCGGCCACAAUGGCAGUUUGGUUCAAGCGACUCUAUCCCGAUUUGGUGGUAGGUUCCUGGGCCUCCAGUGCACCGUUGUUCGCCAAAGUAGACUUCUACGAGUACAAGGAGGUAGUCGGCAGAGCGUUUCGUGAGCUGGGAGGAGAGAAAUGCUACAAUCGUAUACAGAAGGGCAUAGCCGAUCUGGAGGCCAUGUUUGAGAGUAAACGUGCCGCUGAAGCACUUGCCAUGCUGCGUAUUUGCAGCAAUUUUGAUCAUGAAAGCGAUCUGGAUUUGUGGAAUUUGUUCGGCAGCAUUUCCAAUGUCUUUUCUAGCGUAGCGCAGUAUCAAAGCACGGGGGACAUCGAGUAUUAUUGCGACUAUAUUCUGAGCUGGAACGACGAUGCCACAGCUAUUGCCAAUUUUGUUUAUUGGGCUUGGGACUAUCCAACUUGCAUUGAUGCACGCUACCAAGAAACCGUCGACUAUUUACUGGAGGGAAUUACCUACUUCGACUCGUCUCGACCUUGGUAUUAUCAGACCUGUAACGAGUACGGCUGGUAUCAGUCGUCCCGUUCAUCCAAUCAGCCCUUUGGUAGCAACUUUCCCGCCACUUUCUACAUUGAACUGUGCAAAGAUGUCUUUAGCUCCGAUUACGGCAACGACAAGAUCCAAGCAAACACCGCUCAGACUAAUAAGGAUUUUGGAGGACUCAGCCCAAACGUUGAAAACGUCUAUAUGACACACGGAGAUCUGGAUCCAUGGAAUGCCAUAGGUCAAGGUGUGUCCGAGGGUGCCACGGUCAUUCCGAAGAGCUCGCACUGUACUGACUUCGAUUCAAUCAGCUCCAGCGACAGCGUCGAAAUGCGCGCUUCCAAGGAGCGUAUUGCUGAACUUAUACGCCAAUGGUUGGCAUAACUUUAGAAAUAAUAUUGCCAAUGUGUUAACACAAAAUUAAACUAUUUUAAUAAAUA